UAUAAAAGUUCUGCAGCAGUCUUCUUUUGGCUCGUAGUGUGAGCCUCCUAGUCUGUAGUGGUGCUCCUCAGGUCUCCGUGGGGGUGUGCAAAAGAAGGACAUAAGUUGUAAAUUUUGUCUGAUAAGGGUGGGAUUGUACUCUCCAUUUUGUGUAUCACCUGUAUGAGUACAUAUGAGAUGUCUUCCUUUCCUACGUGCCUCCUCGGGUUGUUUCUGUUAUUCACAUCAGACCUGUGAUUGCUUUUGAGAGGCAGAAAUAAUGUAUGAUUCUUCUUGUGUUCAUAGUUGUAAUCAUAAGCAAAGGAGAAAUAACUGGAUUUUCAGCAUCAAGCCAAUGUGAUGGGACCAAGCAAGCCAGCUAUGUCAGAUGCUACGUUUGCAUUCGCUACCCAGCUGUACAGGAAUGAAGCAAAGGCUUUGCAAACACAGCUCCAGUUUAACAGAAAUGUUCCUGCGGUUCCAGAGAACUUAGCGCUCAGAUUCUCAAACCCCCGUCCAAUUAUAAUAGAAAAACUGAAGGCAUCCAAUGAUCAGAGAAAUCCAGCUGGAAACGAGGACUCCAGCAUAAGAAGCUCUGGCAUAUUUUCAGUGGUAUCUGAAGAGAGACUAAAAUUGGCCGUCCAGCUAGCCAAAAGGGACAUAAGACAAAGACAUCUGGAGGAGCAAGUGAAACAGCAGGUGUUUGGAGAUGUUGUCAAUAAACCAUUGCUGGCCCAGAAAUCACAACGGCAGAAGACUGAAGUGUUUGAAAGUCCAGAAAGUAAAAAUGCAGUGAAGUCUCAAACUCAUUUGCAACACCGUCAGAAACUUGGUCAGCCUUCCAAAGUGGAUACGACCACCUCUGGCGCUAAAGUUUAUCUCUAUGCACCAAAUGAGAGAAAGCUAAUAUCAGCUGGUUCGGACUCCCCACCUACCCGUGACACAGGACCGGAUCCCAAGCCAAAUGUAAACAAAAAAGAAGAUAAAAAUGUGCAGGAAGUCCGACGGCUGCAAAAGGAAUUGAGGAGCUGUGUCCAGAAAAUUGAAGAACUGAUUAAAAAAGGGACAGAUAGAGAAAUUUUAGAUCCUGAUAAAGAGCAACAAAUUUGUACUAGGAGACAGAAACAAGCUGCGCGGUCAGCUCGGAUGCUGUAUGUACUCCAGCAACAGGUAAAAGAAAUUCAGGAUGAUUUAGAGAAACUGAGCCCUCAUAAAAUCAAACAUACUAAAAAGUCUCAAGCAGUAUCCAGAUUGGCAGCAGCACACAGAGGAGCUGUACGAGCCUUGCAGGCAUUUGCCAAGCAGUUUACAGAUCAAACAGAGCAGCAGAUUCCUACCCACUACAAGGAAAUGGGCAGUCUCAUUCGACAACUGUCUCUCUGUUCUGCCAAACUAGAAGUGGAUUCUUCCAUUUCUGACAUUAUCAUAGACAUUUUGCUGCAAGUUGAGGAUUUGGAUUCACUGCUGGAAAAGAAGCAAACACCCAAAAAAGUGAAGAAAUGUAUUUCAGCACCUCAAGGCAAAUCUCCAAGGAACACCGAGAUAUUUCCAGCCAGAAAGCAGCUUCCAUCUCCAAAAGGAGAAAGCAAACCUCUCAUCUUAAAGGGGCAGCACAGACGAGAACCUAGAAAACCUCCAUCUGCCAGGAGUCUCUUGACGGCAGUUCAGAAGGCAACCAGUUGUGCUCAUGUAUUGCACAAUAAAUUCCCAGAAGAAAAGGACCCACCAGAGAGAAAUGCCACUUCACAAGGAAGCUUAGAUGCACUGGUGAGAGCUAGAACUGUAAAAAGAGAUCCCAUCCUUGAAAGUGGCCCUUUGAAGAAGAAGGGCAUGUUAUUACCUGCAAAAUCACAGGGAAUGCCAAAAGCUUUAAAGACAAGACCGGUACAGCCUCAAGGAAAGCAGGCCCGAUUUCAAGAGACAACUAUAGCUUUCCAACUAAAAGAGAACAAACGACGUAAGGAGAGCAGCGCGCCCUGUGUGCCUCCAAACCCCACCUCUCUGCCUGUCUCACCUAAGCGAUCAGCAUGGCUUGAAGCAGACACUUCAGGAAGAGUGAAGGCUCUAACUGACCUUAGCAGAGAAGAAAUGAAAAAAAUACAAAAGUUAAGGUCGCAAAGUGCUUCUCCAACCCAGUGUGCAGACAAAGUUGAGAAGGCAGCGCGGGAGUGCUUAGAACCUGUAUUAGACAGGACACAGCAGGUUGCAGCAAAUGCAGAUAUUCUGAGUGAAAAGCUAUUGGAUGAUCUUCUGGAAGAUACUGCUCAGGAACUGUGGAGUGUGGAGCAGCGCGAGAGGCUCCAGAGCAAGGCUCUGCCUGUGGCUGACAUUCGUAGUCUGGAGUCGAUGCUGCAAAGAAUGGAAGAAAUUGAAAGAUACCAGGAGGCUGUACGCAGGAGAUUCACUCAGAUUGUGUACAGUGACUUGGAGUUCCAAUUCCAGGAAGGCAAAAUGGAACAACAAAUUGCAUCAACAGCUAAAAGACCUACAUCUCCUCAUCCAAUUCAGAUAACCAAAUUAAUCAGACGCACAGAGCCAGAAAUGGACAUUUUUUUUGAAAAACAUUUUGAUGGCAAUGAUAUUGAUGAAAACAAAGAAGCAGAGGAGAAAUUGCAGACUGGAAACUACAUCCUGCAGCCCUUGACUCAGAGUUCUCUACAGAGGGAGUGCUAUGUGUGUGUCUCUGUGCCAAAGCAUAUGCUCCAGAGCAUCUCGGAUUAUAACAGCAGAUACCAGCAUCACUUAAAGCUUAUUUCCCAUGAGGCGGUAGGCAGUUUCGAUCCAUGGCAGAUUGCUGAGAGGUAUAUGAACUGUCUUUGUGUUUUUGAAGUGAAUGUUUCAGCUGAUGAAGAGGUUUUUCUGUCCUUGCCCAGGAAAGGAGUGGGGAGGGGGCCAUUUAAAUUCCAAACUGAAAGCCAGAAGCAGUCUGUUAAUUGGACUCUUUCUCUACUGGUAUUUGGUGUUCAUGGAUUUUUAAGGCAGUUGGAUAAAACGAAAGGAUAUGGGAGCAGAAUGUCCUGGAGGAGUGAUUAUUUUUCACAUCUUUCUAUGGUGUUAUCACAAAAACCACUGCGUGAAAUAAAGGGUAACUUAAAUUCUUUUCAGAAGACUGUCAUCAGCAGGUAAAUUGAAGGAAAACAAAAUUAACUUUUUUUUUAUUUCUCCUGAGUGAAAAAGAAAGCAAGCAGUGGAAAUAACUGUGCAAAUUUUAAUCUUUGUGGUGAGGGAUUAUGAAGUUGAUGUUCCAAGGAACAACAGUAGAUACUCUUUAAAAAGAGACCACUGGCCUUAGCACAGAUUUAAGUGCUUCCCCUUCCACAAGUCUUCACGCCUCACGGAGUUCACUGUGGGAAGUGUGACACGAGUGGCUUACUGUCCCUUAGGACAAAUAGAAGAGGUGAAGAAGCAAGAAGUAACAGCCUCUCUGCUGUUCACUUCUUGCAAAGAAAAAUUGCUUAUCGCACUAAGUAACCAGGGCAGCGUAAGCUGAAAUACCCACCCUGCACUGAAGCUCGAGUGGGUGUUUUGAUUGCUCAGUAACAGGUAUAGCAACUAAGUGAUAUUGCUGCUUAUCAUUUCCUUGCACUUUUCUUGAGAGAUUGCAUACAGUUGCCUAGAAAUUGUGCUCAAUAUGUGUGAUUUAUUUCAGAAAUCACCUAUUGGUCUUGUAGAGUCCCAGCCCAAAAAAUGCAUGGAAAUAUAGGCUGAACUUGAACCUUGCUAGUCCUGUUCUUUCAGAACUGAAGAAAUACUGGCUCAGCAUCAGCUGGCAUAGAGGGGCCAUUAAUUCCCUGCAGAUAGGAAACCAGAAGACUUCUGACUAUGAGAGGAGAGAAAUGAAAGAAGAAAACUCUGGAGUAUUAAGAACGAAUUACAAAAUCUAACUUCAGUGGUUACAGAUGGAGUGGUUUGCCAUAAUUGUCUGUAUGGCAGAUAGGACAUCAGGCUUAAUUGCCAAGAGUUUUUCAGCUCCUGCACACGUUUUUAGUGUAGUAGCAUUGAAAUCAAUGAUACAGCUCAUUUGAGUAACAUUUGGCAUCUGCAUCAGUGUUUCCAGGAGCUGGGUCCUGCAAUACUUGGGAUGACUUGCACGAGUGCAGUUCAUCAUGUGUGUUGAUGGUUUGCCUAACUGUGGAUAAGUAGGCAAAUGUUUUAAUAACUGUGGUUAGAUCACUGUGUUUGAAUCUACUGAACUGAACCACUGAAAUACGCCUUGUCAGAUCUCAGCACUGUCAUUCUGCCGUCUGAACUGUACUCCCUUUCCUCACUGGUGUGAGGCUGGGUAGUCCAGGGACUGGCACCUUCUUGGGACUGGCAGAUAGAUUACACGGCAGUGAAUCGCUCCUCCUGACAGCUGAAUGCCACUGCUGCCAUUUGCCUGAUACGUGUUGCUGCUUGAAAUCAAACUACAAAUGCACUCCGAUACACAGCGUGCGUCAUUGAUCUAUUCUUACCACCAGAGGGCGUUAUAAAUCCUUUUAUGUAAAAUAGUAUGACUGUUUAAAGGAAAUACUCCCAUGCUAUGCUCAAAAGGUCUUAGAAAAAGUAACUUUAUGAUAUUUUAUAAUAUAUGCGAAACUCUGAAGAGAAGUUUUCAAGAGGCAGUAAACAAUUGUGUUCUUGCACUAAAAUAGUUUUCCCUUAUGUAAUAUCUGCUGUGGUCCAGAGAUCACUGAAAACUGAAAUCUCUUAUCUCACUUUUCCUUAACUGUAUUGCUCUCAGUAAGGCCUGAUUCAGCAGCAGCUAAAAUCAGUAAGAAGCUUCCCACUUACUUCAGUGGCCUCUGGAUGAGCACCACAGUAUGUUAACUCUUAUUCCCAAAGCAGGAUUAUUAUCUUAAGAGUUUGAAAAAAGGAAGCAACUGAGAUCUCUCAACACUUUUAAGCCUGAAGUACGUCCUUUGCUACAAACCAGACUGAGGAAAGAAUUUCUGAUCUCUUAUGCCACACAUCAGAACACAUGCCAGAUCUGUUCCUGGGGCUAAGCAGUAGAAAGAAUGAAAAAACAGGAGAAUUUGCCUUUUAAAAUCGGAGCAUUGAUAUCAAUGGAGUGAAUGACUGGAAUUCGGAAUCUGACUUUCUGAACCUUUUCCUUUUCUUUUCCCUCCCUCUCCCUCAGUCUUGCGGAGCAACUAACAGAAGAAGCCCUAUGUGAUGUGGCAGCAGAGCUGCAGGAUGUUUGUGAGGAUUAUGCAGAAGCUGUGUUCACAUC